AUGGCAGAAAAUCCAUCCGCCAGUAGUUCGACCCAAGGCAGAACGAACGAUCCAGGACCAUCUAAUCGCCGUGGCGGUUCAUCCCGCGGAGGUCGUAGUGGUUGGCGUGGUAAAUGGCGAGGUGGUUACCGAGGAUACCGUCACCAGUCCAAUGUUCCCAGAGAAAGGCCGGUAGGUUUUGCACUGCCGUCGUUCUCCGUGGGAAGCUCACUUGAAUCGGGCAGUAUCGCUGCAAUAGCCUCGUUUUCCACGAGUUUAAGUAAUGGUACAUGUGAAUACGUGGGAUGGAAGUUGUACUUCCCCAAAGAAGAUUAUUCGUCCGGUUCCAAGACAGUUCAUCAUGUACGAGCGAUGCAGAAACAUUACAAGGACUUUGCUGACCUGUACGACCUUCCGCAGGUGAAGAAAAACUGUUGGUUUGAAUUGAAACUAGAUGCAUGUGAUAAUGAUGGUCACCUUCGUUCGCAAUGGUCCACAUUACGCCAAGACUUGACCGACAACCCCGAACACACGCUUGCUUGCAUUGGGCUGGCAAUGCACCACUCGUUGAUGAACGAACAGUCGUGUGACAGUUUUCAAAACGAUACAAAUCUCUGCUUGCAAACCAUCAGACCGCGGAUAGUGGGAUACGGGCCGGAGGUUUCGAUCGGGUCGAUAAAGGUAAGCAGCUUCGGUAAGUUGGUAUCCGUGCGAGGUACAAUUAUACGUGCGGGUGCGUCACAAAUCAUGAACACUUGGUGCGCCUUUCGCUGUGCGCAGUGUGGUAAUGAACAGGCAGUUCAGCAGAAGGAUGGUAUAUACACCACACCUACAUCGUGCCACAGAGGAUGCAAAGCUCGCAGUCAUUUCGUGCUAAUGCAGAUGUCAGUAUUCACUCGCAUGGAAGCAUACCAAACCAUUCGUCUGCAAGAAACGACACAAGGAUCGCGGACCGUAGCGGGCAGUGCGGCCAAAAACAUCGAAAUAGAGCUAACGCACGAAAUGGUGGACAGUGUGUGCCCGGGUGACGAUGUCACCGUGACGGGUAUAUUGAAGGCACGGUCACAGGACCCGGAUGGUACCGCAAAGGCGAGCCUGUACAAAGCUUAUAUGCAGGCGGUGUAUGUGCGCAGCAACAAGAACGUGCUCUCGAACUGGAAUCGGUUGGCAGAAUUCACGGAGCUGGAUAUGGAAGCAAUACGCACGAUAAAAUCGGAGCCUUCCCCAUUCCGCUUGCUGGUACAAUCGCUCUGUCCCUCCAUUUACGGUCACGAGGUGGUUAAAGCGGGACUUUUACUAGGUUUGUUCGGUGGGCAAGCGAACACCUCUCGUACGAGAGCCGAGAUUCACGUGCUAGUCGUUGGAGACCCGGGAAUAGGCAAGAGUCAAAUUUUGCAAAGCUGUGCCAACGUAUCACCGCGGGGUAUUUUCGUUUGCGGUACCAAUUCUUCCAAUGUCGGGCUUACGGUAACAGUACGGAUGGAAAAGGGUGUCGGUGCAUCGUUAGAAGCGGGUGCACUGGUACUGGCGGAUCAGGGCGUCUGUUGUAUCGAUGAGUUCGACAAGAUGUCCGGCCAUCAUGGAUUACUGGAGGUAAUGGAACAGCGUUCGGUAAGCGUCGCCAAAGCGGGCGUCAUCUGUACGGUCCCAGCACGGACGACUGUUCUUGCCGCAGCCAAUCCAGCCGGUGGGCACUACAACAAGGCAAAAACAGUUUCGGAAAACUUAAAACUACAUCCUGCGUUACUUUCUCGGUUCGAUUUGGUUUUCAUCCUUCUGGAUCGUUCGAACGAACGAACAGACAAUCUGCUCACUGCCCACAUCCAAAAGGUUCACGGGCUGUCAAAACCUUCUACCUCGACACCUGCCGCUCAUCCAUUCUUUGAAUCUUCGGGCAGCGGUUCUUCGCCCGAUGAAGAGGCAGAGCCUCCGUUGGAAGAACGACUGAGGUUAGCGCCGGGAGAAAAGUUAGAUCUGCUGCCCGCUGAACUAGUCCAAAAGUACAUUGGAUACGCCCGGAAAAACGUUCAACCCAAACUAACGGCCAAAGCUGCGGAGGAAUUGCGCGAUUUCUUUGUCGAACUACGACGGGCACAUAAUGAGAUGGACAUGAUUCCCGUCACUACUCGGCAGCUCGAAGGAUUGAUACGGUUAACACAGGCACGGGCAAAAAUUGAUCUAUCACCCGAAGCAACGGUAGCUCAUGUGCGUGAUGUGUUGGCCAUCUUGCGGCAAAGUAUGCUGGAUGUAUUUAGUACCGAUGAGGGCGAUCUUCAGUUUACCCGCCUUACCAAUGGCAGCGGUACUAGCAAGACAUCAUUGAUAAGGAAAUUUGCCCGCGUAUUGGCAUCACGAUCGGCAGUGACCGGUUCGACGUUGUUUACGAUGGCCGAGUUGAAGCAGGCAAUGGUUGCAGGUGGCAUUAUGGCCAACAGUAACGAGCUGAUCGACACGAUGAACAUUCAGGGAUUUUUACUAAAGAAAGGACGCGAUUGUUACAAAUUCAUAAUCGAUUGA